CUUCCACCAUGCCGUUCACCACCUUGCCUUUCACCACCAUGCCGUUCACCACCAUGCCGUUCACCACCAUGCCGUUCACCACCAUGCCGUUCACCACCAUGCCGUUCACCACCAUGCCGUUCACCACCAUGCCGUUCACCACCAUGCCUUGCCUGGCCUUGCCCCUGUUUCUGUCAUUCGUGUCUUUCCUUUCAUCCCUUCAUUCGUUUCAUCCCUUCAUUCGUUUCAUCCCUUCAUUCGUUUCAUCCCUUCAUUCGUUUCAUCCCUUCAUUCGUUUCAUCCCUUCAUUCGUUUCAUCCCUUCAUUCGUUUCAUCCCUUCAUUCGUUUCAUCCCUUCAUUCGUUUCAUCCCUUCAUUCGUUUCAUCCCUUCAUUCGUUUCAUCCCUUCAUUCGUGCCACUGGUAGCAGUGCAGUGAACAAGCCACAGACCCCCAGCCUAACUGCAGGGGGAGGGGAGGGGAGGGGCGUGAAGUGGGUGCUGUGAAGCGCUUGAGUGGCGGGGGGGAAGCGGAGAGGGCUGGGGGUGCCAGCUGGGAGCACACGAGCAGCCACAACAGAUAAGUACACCCACACGCCUUCCUUCCCCUCACUUGCCCUUGGCUGAUUUCACUCUGGCAUGUGGUCACACAUGCAUGUUUCCAAUUUUUGAGACGCCUCAAAAAUCGUCUGGCAUGUGGUCACACAUGCAUGUUUCCGCACCUCGUCACUCCAUGAUCCAUCCAUGCUGCUUUUGAGCCGACUCAGAAGCUCCUCACUUGCCUUUGACUGCUUUCGCUCUGACAUGUCACACAU